CAGACGCGGCCGGGGGCGGGAGUUCAUCCCCCACCGCCAAUCCCGGGGCUUGUUUCAGACACAUUUCUCAGCAUUUGACGCACUCGCAUCCGGGUGAGGAGCUUUUAGUGAGUUCGUGGUUGCAGCUGUUUCUCCGGGUGUUAGGAUGUUGGGAUCUGUGCGGCUGCUGCUGCAGGUGCUGUGGGCCCAGCUGCUGUGCGGAUGGGUGUUGGGCUCCGAGCUCACGUUUGAGCUGCCCGACAACGCCAAGCAGUGUUUCUACGAGGACAUCAUCAUCGGGACCAAGUGCACGCUGGAGUUCCAGGUUGUCACUGGGGGCCACUAUGACGUGGACUGUCGUUUGGAGGACCCAGAUGGCACGACACUCUACAAGGAGAUGAAGAAGCAGUAUGAUAGUUUUACUUUUACAGCAGCCAAGAAUGGGACCUACAAGUUCUGCUUCAGCAAUGAGUUCUCCACCUUCACACACAAGACGGUUUACUUUGACUUCCAGGUUGGGGAUGAUCCUCCACUUUUCCCCAAUGAGAACAGAGUCACUGCUCUGACCCAGAUGGAAUCAGCCUGUGUGUCUAUUCACGAGGCUCUGAAAUCAGUAAUCGACUACCAGACACACUUCCGCCUCCGUGAGGCGCAAGGGCGCAGUCGGGCUGAGGACCUCAACACCCGCGUUGCAUUCUGGUCCAUUGGAGAAGCCAUUAUCCUCUUGGUGGUCAGCAUCAGCCAGGUGGUUCUGCUGAGAAGCUUCUUCUCUGACAAGAAGACUACUAUGACGCGUGUCGGAUCAUAACACGCUCUGAACUCCAACAUCUCAUUCAUCACUUUUUAUCUGUAUUUGGGGUCAUGUGCAUAGAGUAAGUAAAAACAACAUCGCUGAUUUGAAAUUGGAUCAUAUCAGACUUCCAGGUCAUGCAAUCUGAAAUGUUAUCCUCAUUCAGCAUUGUUGUUCUUAAAGACCUGAUGCAUAAUUAGUCUAGGGGGGGGAGAAAACGUGUCUUUAAAAUAUUUUGAGGGGUCAAGUGAAAGUGAUUGAUUUGGUAGCUUGUAACUAUCUGUAUUUGAGACAGUUCGAGCUGGUAAUAUAGUCAAACCUAAAGGAAUUUUACUUUUUCUAAAUGUGUUCUUGUUUAUAUUUGUUGUUCUCUGCUCCAUCCCCUUACCCUCCUCCUGUUCUGCUACAAUUUCAGCCCAAAUUGCAAUCUGGCAAAGUGGUGGGUGAUGGGAUUAAAAAGGCAUAAUUUAAUGGUGAUGAGGGUAUUUUUCCUCAUUGGUACCUUGCCGCGUUUCUGAAUAAUUCACAAUGCAGAGUGCUUCCCCACAAAGGUUGUUUGCAAAAGAAAACAUGUUGGAGUUAUUUUUUAUUAAAUCUGACUCUGUUAUGCAAAGGUUAGAUAGUGUGUUUGCUUUUAUCAGCUUUGUCAUAUUUUGAGUUAUUAGAGCUGUAUGGAGAGUUCCUUCCUUUGCUGUAACAUUAACUGAACACUGUUGUACAAAAGUUUGUAUUUGGUUCGAAGGGUUGAAAUUAUAAUUGGUAGACUCCCGUAAGUGACCUAAAUAAUCUGAAAUGUACACAAUCUGAAACUACAUGUAGAAUGUUCAUUUAAAUGGGCUCCAUUAUAAAGUGGGGUAAAGUAAUGUGUUUAUUUCAUUGCCCUGAAUAAUUUGAUUCUAGAAUUGAAUUUGAUAGCUAUUUAAUUCCAAGAUGUGUAAGUGACAAAAUAAUUAUCGGAAAUUGUUUUAUCUGAAUGUUGGAUGUUUAAAUUGGCAAAGCCGACAGCUUUAAAUGCAGCGGCUUCUACAUACAGUAACAGUCUUACUGUUAAAAAUUAGCUGCUGGUAUUGCUUACAUUUUUGAUGAUUCCAGGGUUAUAAUUGAAAUUUGAUUAAUUUCAAGGCUGUUAAAGUGGAUCUUAAUGAGCAUGGGGAGAUUGAUACAAAUAAAACAAAUGGUCAGUUGCUCAACUUUUUUUUUCCUUAUCUAAAUUAUUCAUCUGUGAACAAAACUUGAGUUUCUUUUGCUCUUGUGGGCCUCAUAGGGAUUUUAGGCAUAAUUGGACUACAGUCGUCUUCUUCCAGCCAUGUCACAUGGGUCGUGCCUUCCCUGAUUUGCAGGAAUUGGGCUCUAAAUGUAGCUUUUGUACACAGGAAUGGUUGAGAUGUGAAAUACCUGUGAAUCAUUUUGGAUGUUCACUUGUAUAAGUUUUACUGUGAACAAGGUCAGUGAACGUGACUUGGAUCAACUAGACUUAACAGGUAAAAUGUCAUGUUUUUUUUAAUAUUUAUAAAAAGUUUUACAUCUCCACUGGAAAAUACCAUAAAACUCCACCCUUAGUGUAUUUUUAAAUCUGUAGAUAGGACAAAACCGAGUCCACUGUUUUAACUGAUCAAAAGCAACUAAACAUUUGAUUAUGAAUGAAUUUCCAUACAUAUUUGUCUUUUGGCUCCGUUUGCUGUUCUAUCUACUGUUAGAUUUGGUUUGGUGCAGUGUUAUUUCCCUCUUGUUUAUGCUUUGAUGUGUAACUUCCAGACAGCUCUAUGGCAUUUUGGGAACUGUUGUGUACUUUUUAAGUUAUGGGGAAUGGCUAAAUAAACUUUUUGUUUUAA